AUGUCGGGUGUGUUCGUUGAAGAUCCCUCGAGGACCUUUCUCUCUCCCUAUCCCACUCCGCUGCAUCAGGGCACUCCUACCCCCAGCUCCAUCCAGAAGAUCCCCGCCGAUCUCGGAACCACGAUCAUGGCGGUCGAAUUCGACGGCGGAGUUGUCAUCGGUGCCGAUUCUCGUACCUCGGCCGGCGCCUACAUCGUCAACCGAGUCACUGACAAGCUUACAAAGGUGCACGAGCGAAUCUACUGCUGCCGAUCUGGAUCCGCCGCCGAUACACAGUUCAUCGCCACCGCCGUCAAAACCAGACUCGAAGGUCACGCGAUCAUGAUCGACGAAGAAAACCCUUCUGUCGAAACUGCUGCUACUCUUUUCAAGGAAUAUUGUUACGAGUACAGAGAUCACUUCUCCGCUGGUAUUCUCGUCGCUGGCUGGGACCCAAUCAAGGGCGGACAGGUAUUUAGCAUACCUCUUGGAGGCAUGAAGAUCCGCCAGAAAGUGGCAAUCGGCGGCUCCGGCUCGACCUGGAUCUACGGUCUCGUGGAUAAUCAAUUCAAGGAAGGCAUGUCAAAAGAAGAGACAAAAGAAUUCGUGAAAAUGUGCGUCGCACACGCUAUGGACCGCGAUGCGUCUUCCGGUGGCGUCAUUCGACUAGCCACGAUCACCAAAGACGGCGUCGAACGCGACGUUGUCCUGGGAAAUGAGCUGCCAAAAUUCUACUCUGGAUAA